UCUUGAUUUUUGGCGAUUGUGAUUUGUGUGAUUUUAUGUUGUGUGUGUAGAAAUUAGAAAACAAAGUGUAUUGUAUAAUAAUUAUUAAACGUGCUUAUAAAAUAAGUGUUACGAACUGGCGACAUGUUUGUAUGGAUGGAGUAGUAAUUAAACGUACAGAAAACAUUGAAAGUUAUAAUGAAUGCGGUGGUAGACAGUGACCUAAGAGCUUCUCCACUCACAGCUCUUACCCAUGAAUCUCUCAAUUUGCUAUCGUCGUUGCUAAAUACAAGAAAAAUUUUACUUACUGUUUGUCCAGAUCAGCUUUCAAGACACAGGGAUUGGAGGGGCAUUGCAUCGCUUGCCAACAUAAGUUCAGAAGUAGCGGCCAGUAUCAGAGAAUACAAUGAUAAAACUCGACGGGUGCUAGAUUUGUGGAUACACAGCAAUGAUGGUACGGCAACUGUCGGGAGGCUCCUGGAAAUCCUGCAGUGGAUUGAUAGACAUGAUGUGUAUGAUGAUUUGUUGGAUCUCGCUAGCAGAAAUAAGCUUAUAGUUAAACAAGUGAAUCAAAAUGGCAACCAAGAGUUGGUGGCAGUGUCAGAAGAGGAUCUGAUCACGGACGAUGAUAAGAAGUUUGGUUGUCCGCAACGUUAUCACGCGUACGUGUUGUACGCAAGAGAGGAUCGGGACUUUGUUAAUGAGCUGUUGAGUCGGCUCACAGAGAAUGGGUUUAGGCUAUGUACAGAAGACGAUCUCCUCCCGGGUCACGGGACACGUUUCGCGCCAGUCUCUCGUCUGAUCUCAGAACGUUGCAGUCGCAUCAUAUUGAUAUAUUCUCCAGACUUCCUGCGCAGCCCGGCUAAUACGUUCUUCAUGAAUUUAGCGCAGGCUGAUGGAAUUGAAAAGAAGCAACUGAAAAUCAUACCCAUAAUGUACAGGCAUUGCAUCCUACCAUUACACUUGACAUACUACCACAAUCUAUACUACAGUACUGAUCGGAAAUCGCCCUAUGAGUUCUGGGGCAAGCUCGAGCGGUCGUUGGAAGUACGGGAUGUGCCCAGAUUGACUAGCUCAUCAUCCACCCACUCGGCUAUGAGAAUCGAAGAAUUACCGAACAGCGACACAAACCGUUUCACUCCAGAGAAGAAACAAGAUAAUUUCCUCAAAUUACCGAGUCCGCCAACCGACACGUCCUCAAUGAACGACCUCCGAUCAUCGACUGAUACCAAAUCGUCAUACGAAACAAAGUCUUUGAACUCAAGCAUUGAUAUAAAAAAGAAAAAGUCAGGAUUUAGAAAACUUUUGGACUCUUUCAAGGGUAAAAAGCAUAAAAAAGCGAUUAUGUUGCAAAAUUAAUAUCGAGUGCUCAUUGGUAGAGCUGAAAUAUCAACGAAAUUCAAGACAAAAUGGCGGGAAAAGAAAAAAAAUUAAAAAGAAAUUGUCAUUCCAAAUUUGAAUCCAAAAAUAUUUUUAAGAAUGCCAUUGUGAUAUGGAAAAAUAUGUUUUGCUUUGGAUAAAUAUUAUUUUAAAAUUAAAUUCAACGAUAUAUUUGUGUUUAUUUAGUGGAAUGUGAUAGGGAAAGUGCAUUUUCAUUUAUUCUUAAAUGUUUUAUGUGGCAACUAUGUUUUGAGAAAUACUACAGUUGCCUAAAUUUCAUCUUCUAAGAGAUUAUGUAGAGAUUUCAUAAUAUAUGCACAAAAUAUUACACAAAAAUAAUUAAUAUUAAGUGAAAAUUAAAUAUAUAAUAUUUCCUGUUAUUAAUUCAGGAACUAUGUAUAUAUGCUUGUGCUAUGUAUACAACAUUGGGAUAUUAGUACUACGUAUGGAGGAAACACCACGAACAAAAUCUGUGCGCCAUUUUUUUGCUCUAAGUUUUAAAAAUUAUUAUCUAGUUAGGUACUUACCGAUGA